CCGAGAGGACGCGCUUGCAGCGGAGAGACGGGGCGGCUUCACGGGGGCCAGGAUGGCGACCAGAAAGAGAGAGUUGAGCGUUAGUGAGAAGCAUCAGAAGUUAGUAGAUGAGAACCUACGCAAAUCGAUGCAUGUCCAAGUCUUGCAUAAGUUGGAGAGGCAAACCAAAAACCAGAUGGUGCAGAAUGAGGACGACGAGAGGGUUGGACGGAUGCGAUUCCUCAGAGUGCUGCAGGAUGAGCAGUUUGAGCUGGACAUGGAAGAAGCCAUCCAAAAAGCAGAAGAGAACAAGAUGUUGCGGGACCGACAGCUUCAACAGGAAGAGAGACUCGCCAUCGAACUGGCCAGGCUGAAGCACGACUGUCUGAAGGAUGAAAAGAUGAGGCAGCAAGUGAGAGAGAACAGUAUUGAGCUCAGAGAAUUGGAGCAGAAAUUGAAAGCCGCUUACAUGAACAAGGAGAGAGCAGCCCAGAUUGCCGAGAGGGACGCCAUCAAGUACGAGCAAAUGAGACGUGAUGCUGAAAUAGACAGAACCAUGAUGGAGGAGCAUGAGAGGCUGUUGAAGGAAGAGAGGGUAAAGAAAGACCGAUGGAACAAGGAGAAGGCACAGUACCACCUGGACCUGGAGAAGCAGCUGGAAGAGCAAGAGAGGACAAAGCAGGAGGCAUAUGAACAGCUGCUGAAAGAAAAACUCAUGAUCGAUGAAAUUGUCAGGAAGAUCUACGAGGAAGACCAGCUGGAAAGACAACAAAAAUUAGAAAAAAUGAAUGCAACUCAGAAGUAUAUUAAGGAGUUCCAGAGGACUCAAGCCCUCUGGAGACAGAAGAAGCGUGAGGAGAUGGAGGAGGAGAAUAGGAAAAUUCUAGAGUUUGCAAAUAUACAGCAGCAAAGAGAAGGCGAACGGAUGGCCAGAGUUCAAGAGAGUGAGGAAAAGAGGGUCCAGCGUCAGAAUAUGCUGAUCCAGAAGUUGGAAGAAACAGUGCGACAGCGCGAGGAUCUGGAGAAAGUGCGGCAGGAGCUGUACCUGGAGGAGCAAGCCGAGAUAAACAGACUGAAACUGAAAGAAGAAGUAGAACAGAAACUGCAGAAGCAGAGGGAGAUGAAGCAGGACUUUGAAAACCAAAUGGCACUGAAGGAACUAAUACAACAGGCUGCAAAAGAGGAGGAAGAGGCCUUUAGGAAAGCCAUGCUGGCGAAGUUUGCCGAAGAUGACCGGUUAGAGCUCCUAAAUGCCCAGAAACGCCGGAUGAAGCAGCUGGAGCACAGACGAGCUGUGGAGACCCUCAUGAGAGAGCGGCGCUGCCAGUUCCUCGCGGACAAACAACGUGAACUGGAGGAAUUGCAGCUACAGCAAAGACAACAGGGCUGCAUCAAUGAGAUUAUUGAAGAAGAAAGGCAGAGACUCCUCAAAGAACAUGCUGCAAAGUUACUAGGCUAUCUCCCCAAAGGAGUUUUCAAAAGAGAGGAUGAUGUUGACAUGCUUGGUGAAGAGUUUAGGAAAGCGUAUCAGAAAAGGAGUGACUUCUGUCUUGAAGAGAAGUGAUCUGCACAAGAUUUGGUGAAACCUGGAUUUUUCAGAUGCUACACUAGAUACUAGUGUAACUAUUGUUUUACAGUUCUAAAACGCCCUAAUAUUUCACCAUUUAUAGUUAGACAAAAAUUAAACACAUUAGUACUUUAACUGCAGGAUUAGUCACUUUAUUCCCUUUGCAUUCUCUGAUGCCAUGUGUCACAGAAUUUCACAGAACCACAUAGGCCACACGCAGAAGCUAACUACUCAGUGCUCUGGUACUGCUGUUCAGAGAUUUCUCUGUGUACUCAUCUUCGACACUGCACAGAUGUCUCUUCAGUACACUGAUCUUUAAAACGUAUAUAUUCUUGGCUGGGCACAGUGGCGUGUACCUGUGAUCCCAGCACU